UAGGUUUGCAGGUAGACUGYGUGACGGAGCUCAUUUGCACACCGGCUUUAGAGGGAAUUGCGCUCUCUCUCUCAGACCCACAGAUUCUGAAGGUGAGUGGGCAUCCCCAGGAAGCUGCUGAAGAACCCGGUCCUGUAGGGGGCACAGACCACAAACAGCCACCAAGAUGUGUGACAUGGGGGGUCUGGAUAACCUGGUGGCCAACACGGCCUACCUGAAAGCCCAGAGUGGGGAUGACAAGGAGAUGAAGAAGCGCCGUCGCAGCUUGGCUCUCCCUAAACCAGAUCAGUGUGCUGCCCUCAGAGAUUCCAUCGACAAGGACUUUACUUCACUUUGUGAAAGGCAGCCAAUAGGGAAAAAAUUGUUCCGUGAAUUCUUGGCCAGUAACCCAGAGUUUAUGCUUGCGGCUGAGUUCCUGGAUGAGUUGCAAGACUGGGACCUGGCUGAAAGUGCGAACAAAGACAAAGCACGCCAGGUUGUCAUGAACAAGUACUGCAAAGCUGACUCUAAGUCCUUCCUGACCUUUCUUACUGGGGAGGCUGCUGAAAAAUGCAAGUCUGUCACAGAUGCCAACUUUGAAGAGGUGAUGAAAACCAAAGUCCAGGAAGGUGUAAGAGAUUUUCUGAAAGGCAAACCGUUUAAAGAGUACCAGACCAGCUCGUUCUUUGACAAAUUCCUUCAAUGGAAAGAGUAUGAGAAACAGCCCAUCACCGAUAAAUACUUCUACGAGUUCAGAACUCUGGGCAAAGGAGGAUUUGGAGAGGUUUGUGCUGUGCAGGUGAAAAACACGGGUCAGAUGUACGCCUGCAAGAAGUUGUGUAAAAAGCGCCUGAAGAAGAAGGGCGGAGAGAAGAUGGCCCUGUUGGAGAAGCAGAUCUUGGAGAAAGUUAACAGCCUGUUUCUGGUCAACUUGGGCUAUGCCUAUGACACCAAGUCCCACCUGUGCCUUGUCAUGACCCUGAUGAACGGAGGAGACCUCAAGUACCAUAUUUACAACAUCGGCUACGACGGCAAAGGUGUAAACAAAGGCAUUGAGAUGAAACGCAUCAUCCACUACACGGCGCAGAUCACCACCGGCAUCCUGCACCUGCACGCCAUGGAUAUUAUAUAUCGUGACAUGAAGCCAGAGAAUGUGCUGCUGGAUAGCCAGGGCCAGUGCCGACUUUCAGAUUUGGGUCUGGCCAUACAGAUCCCUGUUGGGAAGACYGUCACCCAGAUGGCUGGUACAGGAGCAUACAUGGCCCCUGAGAUCCUCUCCAAAACCCCAUACCGGACAUCCGUGGACUGGUGGGCCCUGGGCUGCAGCAUCUACGAGAUGGUGGCCGGCUACACGCCUUUCAAAGGCCCUGAGAACAAAAAGGAGAAGGUGGAGAAAGAAGAGGUGCAGCGCCGGAUCAUCAAUGAAGAGCCAAAGUGGGAACACAAGUGCUUCGACGAUGUCACCAAGGAUAUCAUCCAACAGUUCCUCAAGAAGAAACAAGAAGAACGCCUGGGCAUGAAGAACAACAUGGAGGAUCCGAGAAAGCAUGACUGGUUUAAGAGCAUCAACUUUCCCCGUCUAGAGGCAGGCCUGGUGGAUCCUCCCUGGGUCCCCAAACCCAACGUGGUCUAUGCCAAGGACACGGGUGACAUUGCAGAGUUCUCUGAUGUCAAGGGCAUCGUGUUUGAUGCCAAGGACGAUAAAUUUUUCAAGGAGUUCAACACAGGAGCUGUGCCCAUCCAGUGGCAGCAGGAGAUGAUCGAUACCGGACUGUUUGAGGAGCUCAAUGACCCCAACAGGAAAGAAGGAGGAGGUUUGGAUGAUGAAAAGAAGUCUGGCACGUGUAUAAUGAUGUGAGCUGGCACAAGUUCACCAUGCAACACCUAAUCAGACUCAUGUAUUUGUUUUCUUUGUCUGAAGCGCAAUAACAUCAAURUCAAAAAAGGUAAAAUCCAGGAGAUUGUGAGCAUCUGUGUUGGGACCAUCUUUUUUUUGUAAGUAUGCUCCUGGUUUAGAGAUCAGCUGCUCUUGAGGCUCAGUAAAAUAUCAAAAAUGCAAUGAUGGAUUUUACAUGUUUCCUGUUUGAAGACAURAAUAUUUAAUUUUUUAGCCACUUUAACCAUGACAGCUAGCAGUAUUURCAGUGAUGAUGUUAGAGGAGUACGCCAGAAAAACAGUUUAAUGUGAGACAAAACUGUCAAAGACAAUAAAGCGGGGUUUGCCUGAUUAUUAUUUAGUCAAAUUGUUCUUAAGUUUAGAAUUGUAACCAAACUGGGAAAAACAGAUUUAAAAAUCUGUAAACUGAGGAAUUUUUUGUAGCAUUUUCUGUAUUUUGUUGAUACCACCAUAAAGCCACACUGUUUCUAUGAUGAAAAGUGCUUUAAAAUGACACUUGGCAGAAAAAUUUCUGGUUUUUUUUCUUUACUGUUGUGAUCUUAAACCUUACGAUUAUGAAUGAUCACAUUUACGUCAGGGUGGUUGUUCAGCCACCCGACAUGUUACCUUUACACCACAUAAAAAACAGUUGUUUGUAUUGUACAUAAAGAAACAAGUUUGAAUCUACUGUAUGCAGGAAAAAUAAAUGAUGUCAGUUAUUUAAAUUUAGUAAUAUUUUAAAAACAAACAAAUUAUAAAAAACCCUAAAAAAACAUUUUGAUUUCCUCCACUGUUACUGCUUUGAGGCUUUGAAGAAAGAUAUUUUGGCCAUUUUACAGUGGGGUUUUGUUGAAAUGUUAUGAAGGUUUAUUGCAGUGUGUAUAGCUCUUUGAACAACCUCAAUUUAGAGCAACAAACCUUUAAUAUUGAAAGGACCAACAAACUGUUGGCUCGUCUGAACCAUCAAUCAGGAAAUAAACCUGGACAUCUAAUAGGAACCAGGAAGUUGAAAUCAGAUUAGGAUAGGUUUACAAUCCCUUCUUUAAGAACUUUGCGAACUUACCUAACAAAAUUGGAAGAAACAAAACUUAAGAAACUUCAGGUGUGUCCUUAUAUAUUACUCCUGUAAGAUUUCCUCAGCUUUGCUCUGAUUCUAGUAACCAAACAAAAUGAUUUCAUUUUAAAAUGUGUCAAAAUGACUCUUUCAGAUAAAAAUAAUGUUAACUCAGAAAAAAAACUCUCCUUUAUCAUGUGAAGCUUCCCUGCGGGCUGGGUUCUAAGCCCCUCCCCCUCCAUAAACAAAUGCAUAAUUUUCUUUGGUAAAUUAAAUCAAACCCACCUCAUAGAGUGUUUUCAGUUGUUGCUUCCUGUCGUUUUUACAGUGYUAUUGUUGGCUCAAGUGUUUUAUCAUUUAUCUAAAAUGUUUAGCUGUUAAUUAAUUAUUACAUGAUUUAUUUAAAAAUGCACCAUGGCUGCACCCUUAAAAUGUCAUGGCUUCAGUUGUGAACAACAGAAGAAGACARAACAUUAUGUCAAGAUUUCCUUAACAGCAAAAAUUCUGAAUGCAGCCAAACCCAACACCAGUCCAUAAACAUUCAUUUUGCCUUCUGUUUCUCAAUACACGGUUCUUUUGACCAAAUUUUAAGGUUGUUUGCAAAUGAAAACAGCAGCAGCAGCUUGCAAUGGCAUUGUCAGUGCAGCCUCGGGCACUUCUAGCAAUAUCUUCAUGAACCGCAAAAUAGUCUAUGCCAGCUUGUUCAUAGACUGACUGGAUGUGUUGUGAUGUAAACUAUUGCAUCGCUGUCRUGUUUUCAUGACUAUUUACAUGGCUAUUGUGGCAGAAAUAUUAUAAAUUUCCUGCUGGAAGUGCCCUCAAGCUGCACAUCCAGCAGCUUCUGCUGACAGCUGCACUUUCAAACAACCACAGAUUUCUUUGUUUAUAACCAUGGAGUUUGAGACUGAGGGUGGUGUAAUGUUUAUGACAUAACGUUCCCACAAACCACUAUGAAACUUUAGAAAAUGGAGCUGUUUAAAGGUUUGGUCUUAGCCAUUUUCAGAAUAGCCGUGAGCUCAUCAAUCCCUUCAGAUUUGAACUCUUCCUCUCUAAAGCUUGUCUGUUUAAACAAGAUAUUAAUAGUUUCAUUGCCUUUUACAGAACUCUGCUUCAAAAUGGCUAAAAUACCCCUUUAAGCCCUGGGAAGUUGUGGAUAGACGAGUGCAGAAGCAGCAGCUCACUGUUGUGAAACAGGACAGUUUAGAGGAGUUAGGUAAUAAAUUCCUGUACCAGGAAUUAUAUUUCCAUCGUCCUAAAACACUGUGGUAAUUCAGGGUGAWAAUCUCUUAGUGUUGGAAUAAAUGAUUCAAACUAACAGAUCUAGAAAAAGAAUCUGCAGUUUUGGUAAUUAAGAAGGAUUUUUUAGUGUUAAAACUUUUUCUCUCYAAUGUCUCAGGGUGUUGUGUUUUUAAGUUGACAUUUGGGCAAAGCUKAGUUUUUACAAGUUGUGUUGAUUUAAAUGAAUGAUCCUGUAAUUAUGAAGGGAAAAAAUGYAGAAAAUUUGAUGCAAUUCUGAGACACUAUUGAAUCUUUAUUGAAAUUGGAAAAAAUAUAUAAAAUAAAGAAAUGUCUUUUAA